GGCAGCGGGCGGCUCCCGCCUCAGCCUCGGCAGUGGCGUCGGCGACGGCGGAGUCGAAGCAGCCGCGAGCGCUCGGCUGAGUGUCAGCCGGCGGCGACCGCUCUAGAACUGGGAGUUAGGGACGCGCGCACCGGACCUUCCGUCGCCGCCGCGCCGCGGCUGCUGCUGCCGCCGCCCACCUCCUGAGGCGCCGGGGCCAGGGGAGCCGGGGGGCGGGCGAGCGAGCGGGCCGGGGGGAGGGUGGGGGAUGGCGCGGACCCCGGGGCCGGCUCCGCUGUGUCCCGGAGGCGGCAAAGCACAACUUUCCUCCGCUUCUCCCCCCGGGGCCGGGCUCCUGCUGCCGCCCCCGACGCCACCGCCGCUGCUGCUGCUGCUCUUCCCUCUGCUGCUCUUCUCCCGGCUCUGUGGUGCCUUAGCUGGACCAAUUAUUGUGGAGCCACAUGUUACAGCAGUAUGGGGAAAGAAUGUUUCAUUGAAAUGUUUAAUUGAAGUAAAUGAAACUAUAACACAAAUUUCAUGGGAGAAGAUACAUGGCAAAAGUUCACAGACUGUUGCAGUUCAUCAUCCUCAAUAUGGAUUCUCUGUUCAAGGAGAAUAUCAGGGAAGAGUCUUAUUUAAAAACUAUUCUCUUAAUGAUGCAACAAUUACUCUGCAUAACAUAGGAUUCUCUGAUUCUGGAAAAUACAUAUGCAAAGCUGUUACAUUCCCUCUUGGAAAUGCUCAGUCCUCUACAACUGUAACUGUUUUAGUUGAACCCACUGUGAGCCUGAUAAAAGGUCCAGAUUCUUUAAUUGAUGGAGGAAAUGAAACAGUAGCAGCCAUUUGUAUCGCAGCCACUGGAAAACCAGUUGCACACAUUGAUUGGGAAGGUGAUCUUGGUGAAAUGGAAUCCACUACGACUUCUUUUCCAAAUGAAACAGCAACAAUCAUCAGCCAGUACAAGCUUUUUCCUACCAGAUUUGCUAGAGGAAGGCGAAUUACUUGUGUUGUAAAACAUCCAGCCUUGGAAAAGGACAUCCGAUAUUCUUUCAUAUUAGAUAUACAAUAUGCUCCUGAGGUUUCAGUAACAGGCUAUGAUGGAAACUGGUUUGUAGGAAGAAAAGGUGUUAAUCUCAAGUGUAAUGCUGAUGCAAAUCCACCGCCCUUCAAGUCUGUUUGGAGCAGGUUGGAUGGACAGUGGCCUGAUGGUUUAUUGGCUUCAGACAAUACUCUUCAUUUUGUCCAUCCACUGACUUUCAAUUAUUCUGGUGUUUAUGUCUGUAAAGUGACCAAUUCCCUUGGUCAAAGAAGCGAUCAAAAAGUCAUCUAUAUUUCAGAUCCUCCUACUACUACCACCCUUCAGCCUACAGUUCAGUGGCAUCCCUCAACUGCUGACUUCGAGGAUCUAGCAACAGAACCAAAAAAAUUGCCCUUCCCAUUGUCAACUUUGGCAACAAUUAAGGAUGACACAAUUGGCACAAUCAUUGCUAGUGUAGUGGGUGGGGCUCUCUUCGUAGUACUUGUAAGUGUUCUGGCUGGAAUAUUCUGCUAUAGGAGAAGACGGACGUUUCGUGGAGACUACUUUGCCAAGAACUACAUUCCACCAUCAGAUAUGCAAAAAGAAUCACAAAUAGAUGUUCUUCAACAAGAUGAGCUUGAUUCUUACCCAGACAGUGUAAAAAAAGAAAACAAAAAUCCAGUGAACAAUCUAAUACGGAAAGACUAUUUAGAGGAGCCUGAAAAAACACAGUGGAACAAUGUAGAAAAUCUCAGUAGGUUUGAAAGACCAAUGGAUUAUUACGAAGAUCUAAAAAUGGGAAUGAAGUUCGUCAGUGAUGAACAUUAUGAUGAAAAUGAAGAUGACUUAGUUUCACAUGUAGAUGGUUCCGUAAUUUCCAGGAGGGAGUGGUAUGUUUAGCAACCACUAAAUGUGACUUAACUAUGUACAGUGUUUAAUUCAUACUAGUUAAUCAUUUUCAGAUUGUUCAUACUUUUUCUUGAGGAAGAAUAAGCUUUUUCAACUUGAUUUUCAAGCUUACUUUUUAUAUUCUGAUUUGACAGAUGGAAAUGUAAAAUCUGGGUUCAUUGUAUCUGAGCUGCUUUACAAUUUUUUUUUCAAUGCUGUACUACUGUCUCAAGAUUUAAAUUUUAAUGCAGAGUACUUUAUUGGUCUGAGGCACACAGGUAAGAGGAAAUGUCAACAUUUAAAUGUAUGACUUUUUUGGUAAAAAAAUUAAAAAAAAAAAGGAAACUAUCCUUGGCAUUGCGUAUUAAAUGUUUACCUAAAACUGUAAUCUCAAGUAUAAUGUUUGUUAAACAUAUACCUCUCAAAAUUUAUCACCACUAAAUGAUACUACAUCAAAAUUGACUAUAAAACUAAUUCAAGAAAUGUUUAUAUAUAUUUUUAGUAUUUAAAAAAAUCCAGCCUGAUGAAACACCUUUUCUUUUCAAGCAUUAUUUUCUAAGUUUCUAUACAAAUGGAAUCUUUACCUCUGCAUUUUAAUGAGCCUUGCCAUAUUACUGUAGAGUGGCUUUUCAAAGAUAUAUCUUUGCACUAAAAACUGUGGUAGAUAAACUCAGCGAACAUGAUGUGUGGAAGAGCAUAAUUAGCUGAUCAAAUUUUGUCCAAAAUAUAUACAAGAGUAAUAAAAACACUCCUUUUAAACAUGAUAAUUAUUACAAUUUUUUCAUCUCUGGAAGACAGUGCUUAUAUCGUCAUGUGAAUAUGGUUUUUGGUACCUUAAAUAGUAGUUUUGUUUUAACGCUUUAUGUCCUAAAUACAAGAAUAAUAAAGAUGGUACGUAAUUAAAUAUAGUGCAGAGAGAGCAUUUCAGAAUAUGGAAAACUGUGGGUAAACAAGCAUUGGAGUACCACUUUUAGAAAUGAGACAAAUGUUUCAGCCAAGAAUCUGUUACAAAGAAUUUUGUAGACCAUCUUCUUUCAGACAUUUAUUAUUGAUGUUAUUCAAAUGGGUGAAUAUAUAGAAAAAAUAGAAUAAACUUGGAAAUUCGAGAUUUAUCAAGAAAAAUCUGAAUUAUAGACGAGAUCACUAACCCUUGCUGGUGGAUAUUGGCAAACCAUCCUCUUUUCUUUUCUAAAUGUAUGUAUGUGUUUUAAGAUUUUUGUUUUUCCAAUUAAAACUGGAAACACGAGGUUUUUUGUUUUGUUUUUGUUUUUUACAUAAUUAAGUAUAAUCUUUCCAAAACUCAUGUGUAUCUUUUGAAAAAGAAAUUUUAUCUAAGUGUUCAAAUAUGGAUCUUUGUGAGGUAAUUAAAUUGCUUCUCUGAUGCAGUCCUAUACAGUUGUAAUAAUGGCAACUAUUUUGAAGCCCAAAGAAUAUAUUUUCCUCUUUUGAUGAUUCAUUUGAAAAAAGGAGUGUAGAAUUGCCUUAGGUGUUUUUCCAGGGAGUUGAAAUAGAAGUUAGUAGGAGAAUCAUAAUUUAAAUAUAUUAUUUUGUUAAUAAAAAGAAAAAGUAGGUACUUUUUCCACCCUCCCAACCAUCCCCUUCCCAAUCCUAGUCAAAUCUUAAAAAAUGUUUUUAUAAGGCAAGGUUAUAUGUUCAUAGAAUUUUGCAAGUAAUAAAGGCUUUGUUCAUUUAAAGCCUUCCUUUAUUUUAACUAGCAGGUAUUUUGUGGAAGCUAGAAACCUGUUUAUUUCUCUCCCUAAAUACUUGGUAUCUAACACUAAAAUAUUGGUUAAGGAUACAGUUAAGAUCACUAGAAUCUUAUUAAAAAUACUUGGUUUAAAUAUAACUAGCCACAGAUAGACAAGUAUUAGGACUCUUUGGUCCACACUUUGGAAGAAAGACUUUCUUGAUAAUACCCUAUAACUGAAGUGACUUUAUUUUUUUAUUUAAGUAUCAGCAAUGAUAUUGUCAUCAGAAAGAUGAGUCUAAAAUUUUUUGCCAUUGAAGAUGUAAAUUUGUGGCUUUUUUGACUAAAACUUCAUCUUUAGAACAGUGGUUUGAAGUACUAUGUGAAUCUGAGAAGAAUAAUCCCAUUUAGAAUAUUGUACAAAUAUCAACUUGAAUCUAAUCUGAUGGAAAUUAGCAAUGUAUUUUGAGAACUAUUUCUAAAAUAUUAAUAUCUACUUAGUGAUUAUGAACUUUUUAAAUUAUGUCCAUUGUGUGGUUAGGGUUUUUUGUUCGUUUGUUUUGGGGGGGUUGGUUUUUGGGGUUUUUUUUUUGCAGUAGAGGGUGAUACAGAAAACUACAAGUGAGUGUUUGAUAUAUACUGUAUCCUUAAUCUAAAUCAUUUGACAAGCUAAAAGACUUCAGAAUUUUAAGAAUCUGAUACUAGUGCUUAAGACUUUCUGAAGCAUUGCACUGUUGUUUAUUAGAAGUUAAUAUGUUUACUGUACAUAGAGACAUGUUUGUAAACAUAGUCAUAUUAAUAAACAUUUUUGUUAAAUUAAAUUUUGAA